AUGCUGGAUUACAUGUCACAUUACCUGCACACUGACAACGAGACCAUUGUCCUGGUGCUUCACCACAGCACGACAUCAACAUCUUUUCAAGCUGCAUCACAUGAUGGCAAACGAGCAACGGCAAUACCAUACCGACAUAGCAGCAGCCAAACACCUAUCACCCAAUGCAUUGCGCUUCGUUCACCAUUACAUAUUGCUGGAAUCCGAUUUGCCCAUGAACAAGUGGAGAUCCUCAGACGUUCGGCAUGUUGGCUAUUGUUUACAAGGACGUAUCUCGAUUGUCAGCCGGUUAUUGGAUCCAUUCAAGUGGGUAAGGAUGAGGAAAAUAGGACAUCCUCAUGUCACCUACAGCACAUCACCUUUCAUGCCACAGGUGGAUUUAUCACUUUGACUCGGUGCUCCAAGAUGUUUGACCACUUUAUCCGUUCGAUCCAUCAUGACAGCAAUUCUCACACCCACUCACAUACAAACAAGUCUCUUGAAAUCAACACUAUCAUACAUCCUUUCUUUCUACUUGAAUUCAUAUCAUCAUCAAUGGCCUUUGCUCACUUUAUGGCUUUACUACUUGGUGUGUUCAUUGCUGCCUCAUGA